GCUCCUGUCUCUCUCUCCUCUUCCUUCCUGCCUCCCUCCAUGCUCAGCCAGACUCCAUGAAGUUCUCCAGACAGAUGGAGAGUAGCACAGACUGACAGACGCAAAGCCAAGGAGGAAAUCACCCAUCACUGCCCAGUAACGCCCUGUGGAUUUAUUUGACUGUCCAUCACUGAAACAUAGAAGAAGGAGUUUUUUGUUCCUCACAAGCACUUCAUUUACAAACCCUAAAAAACGGUUUUACCUUGAUAUCCAGUUACUGGUCUUAAAGGUAAAAUGCUGUUUACACUGGCCCUGCUCCUCCUGGUCACCCCAUUACCCUCUCUCCAAACCCCAACCAAUGAGAAGAGGAACUCCACAGGAAGUGACCAGCCCAAGCCAAAUGUAGUUCUCACCCUGGUGAAACCAAAACCCGUAGCUGUGAUCGCUAAACAACCCAACAAGACCCCUCGCCCCACCCCCAAACCAACCAUCAACCUGACCGUUUUGACCCCCUCAGUCCCUACCAAGCCCCCCGCAGUCAGUCCUCCCAAGACUGUUAAAGACAAGACCCCCCCUGCCCCACCACCUCCUGCCAUCAAGGUGAUCCUUACCGACGGCUGCCUCCACAAGGACAUCCAGAGUCACUCUUCCAGCACCCCGGAGCAGGGCCAGGAGCUGCAGCUGGAGCUGAAGCCUGGGUCUCCACUGGUCAUGACCCACAAGAUCAGCCUGGUGCCUGGGGGCUGCACAGGGGGCUGUGUGGCCGAGAUGGCUGCCCUGAAAGGACGUGUGUCCAGGCUGGAGAAGGAGAUGUCGUCCAUCAAGGAGCAAUGUCCCUGCUCUAAGGUGAACUGCCCGAAUGACUGUGGCGGACGAGGUAAAUGUGAGAAGGGAAAGUGUGUCUGCCUCCCAGGAUUCCUUGGGCUUGACUGCAGCAAGUGCGCCCCCGGAUCUGACUGCAGUAAAAAGGAUGUUAAAGACAAGGUGAAGACAACAGUGGAGAAGGUAACCCCUGAGAGCAAUGUUAACAAGACCAGCGUCUCGUCUACAGAGGUGAAGAAGGUAGCAAAAGAGGACGACUCCAAAACCAAAAUCAAAGUGGUCACCGUCACUGCGGUAAAACCGCAGGUUACGGUUACUAAGACUACCAGCAAGGCUGGAAAAACCAAGAUUACACUGGGCCUUCCGACAGUGGGACAGGUCCUCUUAAAACACAAUGGAGGAAAAAAGCAGAAAGAAGCUCGUAAAGGCGAAACAAAAGUUUUUCUUCCUAAGAAAACACCCAAACCAGACCUUAAAGGCAAAGUGACCGUUCAGGACCAACCUCUUAACGACACCAUUACCCCGACUACUGUGAAGAAAUCAAACGGCACCACCAAAGGCACAGACACUGCGAACAAGACUCGCCCAAGGAAGGAGAACCUAGAGCAGUCCACUCUGUCUGAGAAGAACUCCACCCAGACAUCUGUGAAGAAACCCACCAAGAAGGUGAAUGAGAGCGUCACCAAGGUAACAGUGUCUGUCAACAACACCCAAACGGUGACAGGCAAAAAGAAAAUUCCACAGAGGAGUCAGUAUUUAGUGAACGUGACCACUCCGAGUCCCGAGGUCAAAGUCCCGAAGGUCAACAAGACAAUGGUGCUGCUGGUGAAUGCCACCAGGAGGCCUCUGGCGACCGGCCUCGGUUCGGUCAAGGUCCAAAACAUCUCCUCCUACGGCUUCACUCUCACGUGGUCCGCUCCGCAGGCCAUGUUCAAGAACUUUACCGUGAUCAGACGGGAGCUGAGGGCAGAGGGCGAGGAAGAGGAAGAAGCAGAGGAUGGACCUCUUGGAGGACAAGACAAAGGACUGGCGACAGCAAACACCACCGAGAGUGCUGUCAACGGAACCGCGUCCUCCACCAAGGUUCUCAGUGGCUCCAAGUCUAAGGCUGACGGCAAGCACACCAGGAAAGUCUCCAUGGCUCUCCCAGGAGGUGUUCGCUCGGUGGAGUUUGGCAACCUGCAUCCUCUGACCCGCUACGCGCUCAGUAUUUACGGCACGGCUCCUGGAAAGAGGUCCAAAAUCCACAGAGUGACCAUCACCACAGGUCCUGAGCCCCCUACAGACAUGGUCUUCAGCAACGUAACCGAGUCCUCCCUCGCUGUGUCCUGGACCAGACCCAAGAGCGCCCUCACCGGCUUCCAAAUCACCUACACCAAUAUUGUCACUGCAGAGAGCAGCUCAGUGUCAGUCAAUGCCCAGCAGUCCCACGUGGUCCUGCCCAUGCUGUCUGCAAGCUCCUCGUAUGUGGUCACCGUGACCUCCGUUCUGGGGAAGAUCCGGAGCGACCCUGCCGUUGCCAUCAUGACCACAGUGCCCGCUCCCCCUGUCCAGCUCCAAGCCAUCAACAUCACCGACACCAGAGCGGUGCUGCAGUGGACGCCCAGCCUGGGAAAGGUCGACCGUUUCAUCAUCAGCUACGAGUCAGCCAGGACGCCCAACGUGACGGUGUCGGUGAUGGUGUCGGGGAACUCGGUGGAGCACCAUCUGAAAGGCCUUCAGAGAGCCACCCUGUACACAGUCAAGGUGCUGAGCGAGAAGGACAGUCUCCAGAGCACGGCAUUGGCCACCACCUUCACAACCGCGAACAUGGUGAAGGCCAGCGAUGUCGACGCUCAUUCCGCUGUGAUCACAUGGAAAGCCCCAGCUGUAGCGUUCCACAGCUACAGAGUGACCUAUCAACUGGCAGGAGGGGAGGCCAAGGAGGUUAUACUGGACCCAUCUGCGAGUGAGUACAAGCUAACCGGACUGCUAGCCAUGUCCAGGUACACUGUGCUGGUUCAGGGAGAGAGGGAAGGAGAGUACACCUCUGUGAUCGCCGCAGAGUUCACCACAGCCAAGCUGCGCUUCCCAUUCCCCACGGAGUGCUCCCAGGAGCUGCUCAACGGCGCCCUGCAGUCUGGGGAGGUGGACAUCUACCCCCAGGGCAAGGAGGGAGGGGCCGUCAGGGUCUACUGCGACAUGGAGACUGACGGAGGGGGCUGGACGGUGUUCCAGAGGCGAGUGAACGGAAAGACCGAUUUCUACAGAACCUGGAGUGAAUACACCCACGGCUUCGGAAACCUCAGCGAGGAGUUCUGGCUCGGAAAUGAGCUGCUGCACAACCUGAGCAGCAUGGGCCCUGUCAGUCUGAGGGUGGACCUGCGCUCAGGAAAUGACACGGCGUACGCACACUACUCCAACUUCACCAUCGGGUCCGAGGCCCGGCACUACGCCAUUGAGGUCUUCGGCUACACCGGCACUGCAGGUGACUCUAUGAGGUAUCACAAUGGUCGCCCGUUCUCUACCAAGGAUAAAGACCCCAACCCCCUGGGGAUCCACUGUGCCAGGGCCUACAUGGGGGGCUGGUGGUACAAGAACUGCUACAAGACCAACCUCAAUGGUCUCUACGGUGUCAACAGCAACAACCAGGGCAUAGUGUGGAUAGACUGGAAGGGGAAGGACGCUUCCGUCGGCUUCGCCGAGAUGAAGUUCAGACCAGCUGGAUUCUCCCCUGCCACCCAUGGCUAAGCCCAUCCCCGCCAGCCCUGCCGCCCCCAAAGCCCUUCGCUACGGAGAAACAGAAACGUGGACCGCCGCCGCAAGACCAAGACAAAGAGGGACGACGCGCUUUCCGAGGCGACGCCUCGGGUUUCCGCGUCAGAUAGCAUGUUCUGCGUUUUUUUUACACGGCUGUUACAGAAGCUUCUCUUUCGGUAUUUGUACAGCGCUCCAGGUAUUUUCGUCUGUGCCCUAUCCUUGUCAUGCAUGGAGAGCUGUCUCUCUCUCUCUUUUAAAAAAAAAAAAACGUACGCUGAGAUUCGAUGUACUAAGCAGACAGGAGAUGUUAGUGGUGGCAGUAUUUUGUAUUUUUGUCGUUUUCUUAUGACUCACAUGACCCCACAAUCUCCAACAAGAGUUCACACUCUGUCCCUCAAACACCUCAGGUGUACAGGAGAUAGGUUUGCCACCUCACUACUACUGGAAUCAAAUAUGCACUGCCUCUCCACUCUAUUGGAAUAAAUGUGGCAAACCAGGA